GGAUAUCAUUAGUUUACUCCGAAAUAUUCUAGCGUUAAGUAGUAAAUUAUAUAUAAGUUAAAAAUGUUGAAGUUCGGACUCCUACUCAUCAGUCUCGCCUUGUGCCAGGGCCACGCUGUGGUGCCAGCAGUGCACGCAGUCCAUGCUCCGGUAGUAGCUGCGAUUCCUCUCCAUCAUGGCAUCCUAGGUAAUGGACUGGCUGGUCAUGGAGUUGCAGGAGCUGGUCUCGGCGGCUACGGCCUCGGCGGUCACGGAAUAGCCGGCGCUGGCGGCCUCGCCGGCGCUGGACUCGGCGGUCACGGAAUUGUGAGCGGUGGACUCGCCGGCGCUGGCCUUGCUGCUGCUGGACUUGCUGGCGCUGGACUCGGCAGCCAUGGACUCGCCACCACAGGCUUCGCUGGUCACGGACUGGCUGGCGCUGGUUUCGCUGGCCAUGGAAUCGCAGGUCAUGGUUUGUUGGGACACGGAGUAGGAAACGGCCAUCAUUUGUACAAACGGUCGCCGCAUGUUGUGGCUCCUUACGAACACGUUGCACCGAUAGCUCACGUGGCUCCGGUCGCUGUUUCCCACCAGCACCGCGUAGAUGUGCGCACAUCCCCAGCUGUUGUUGCAGUCGUGCCGGUCGUUAAGCCGGUGCUGACAUCAUUCGUGCCAGCUGCUCCUCUCACCCACACUUUCGCGGGUAACUUCGGCGCCGGACACUACGGUGGCCAGGGCUUCGGUUCGGCGCACGCUGCUCUGGGUCACUAUUAAAUUUCAAGACUAACGGAUGGAUUUUACACUUGAUAUAUAAGCAAGUCAUUAUUUAGUUGUUAAUAUUUUUUAAAUAAUAAAAUUAGCAAGAACUUAU